AUGCAUCGUGCGACAUUAUGGAGGCGUGGGACUUCUCAGUUGAUGUCGCAUUGGAUACGUUACACAUCACCCGGAUUCUUCUCGUCGGCAACGCCCGCUAAUCCACCAGCAUCGUCGGUUUCUGAAUCCAAACCGAAGCCCACAUCUGUUCGUUCGUCAACACCAAAUCCGUCAUCGGUUUCUGAUGUGAAAGCGAAACCGUCGUCAGUGACAACGCCAAGACCACCAUCAACCACAAAAAGAACCCUCGCUAAAGCAGGACGUCCAAAUAUAGUUCUAAUUGAUGCCGUCCGAACGCCGUUUCUGGUGUCAUUAACCGAUUAUAAGGAUAUGAUUGCGAACGAUUUACAGCGCGCUGCAUUGAUCGCGUUGGUGGAUAAAACAAAAAUUCCUUUGGAUGAAGUGGGUCAUAUAGUGUGCGGGACGGUCAUACAAGAAUGCAGAACAAGUAAUAUUGCACGAGAAGCAGCUCUCACGGCUGGAUUUCCGAAUACGAUACCAGCGUCUACAGUGACAAUGGCAUGUAUUUCGUCGAAUGUAGCGAUGACCGAUCUGAUGGGAAUGCUAGCAACCGGUUAUAUUGAUGUCGGUAUUGCGGGUGGAGUCGAUUUCCUUUCUGAUGUUCCAAUUCGAUACAGUCGAAAGGCUCGUACUGCAAUGUUAAGUUUACCGAGGGCGAAAAAAUGGGAUGAACGGCUGAUAUUAGGUAAAGACAUAUUGAGUAAUUUCUUCAAUCCUGAACUGCCAGCAAUUGCUGAAUUCACAUCUGGUGAAACGAUGGGUCAAAGUGCGGAUCGACUUGCAGCUGCAUUCGGUGUUUCGAGAAGGGAACAAGAUGAAUUCGCGAUUCGUUCACAUACUGCGGCGGAUCGUGCCGUCCGAGAGGGUCAUCUCAACGAUGUGGUACCCGUAUUUGUACCUGGUAAAAAACCAAAAACCAUAACCAAAGAUAACGGUAUUCGUAUUGCGAGUAUGGAAAAAUUGGAGAAGCUGAAACCAGCAUUCAUAAAGCCACAUGGAACGAUUACUGCUGGAAAUGCCUCAUUUUUAACUGAUGGAGCAUCGGCAGCGCUACUGAUGACAGAGGAUUAUGCGCUGAAACAUGGCUAUAAACCAAAGGCGUAUCUUCGUGAUUUUCAAUAUGUUGCACAGGAUCCUAUCGAUCAACUUCUGUUGUCACCCGCCUAUGUCAUUCCAAAAUUGCUCGACAAAGUCGGUUUGACGCUGCAAGAUAUCGAUGUGUUCGAAAUUCAUGAGGCUUUUGCGGGACAAAUUCUUGCGAAUUUGAAUGCACUCGAUUCAGAGUUCUUCUGUAAAUCGCAAUUGAAACGAAGCGGUAAAUUUGGUCGAGUACCAGAGAACAAAAUGAAUUUGUGGGGUGGAAGUUUAUCAUUAGGUCAUCCGUUUGGUGCGACUGGAAUUCGAUUGGCAUCACAUACGGCGAAUCGACUGAAACAUGAAAAUGGUCAGUUUGGUCUGAUCGCUUCGUGUGCCUCGGGUGGGCACGGUGUUGGAAUGCUCAUCGAGGCAUAUCCCAACUAA